AUGUCUAUGCUUCCAUUUCUUUGUUGUGUGUUUGUUAUAAUUAUAUCUCAAGCCAAAGCUGGAGAUCCUGUAUCAUGUGAUAACAACAGAGGCAAUUACACAGCCAGUAGCACCUAUGAUAACAACCUUAAAACCCUUUUAACCACUUUCUCUUCUCAUACAGAAAUUAACUAUGGUUUCUACAAUUUCUCAUACGGCCAAGAUCCCGACAAAGUAUAUGCCAUUGGAUUGUGUCGUGGAGAUAUUGAACCAAACAAUUGUCUCACAAACAUAAACAAUUCCUUUACCUAUCUCAAACAACAAUGUCCAAAUCAAAAAGAGGCAAUUGUGUGGAGUGGGAAUUUAACUUUGUGGUACUCAAAUCGUACAAUAUUUAGGAUAGUAGAAACUUCGCCUGCAGAUGAUCUUAUAUCUACGAGCACUGUAACCGAUGUGGACAAGUACAACGACGCACUGAAUAAACUGUUGACAGAUCUUAAAGACAACGCUGCAUCAGGUGAUUCCCGUAGUAAAUAUGAUGCAAAUCAUGUGUCUGAUAAUUUGGAAACUAUAUAUGGUACUGUGCAGUGUGUGCCUGCUUUAACAUCGCAACAAUGUAUUGAUUGCCUGGAUGAAAUAAUUUUAGAAAUUCCAACUUGUUGUAAUGGCAAGAGGGGAACACACCUUCUUAAGCCAAGUUGCCGUCUUAGAUAUGAAACUUAUGCCUUCUACAAUCCUACCAUUGAGUUAGACUCAGUUGCAACUCCACCAUCACAAUCCACUAAUAACACUUCUUCAGGACACAACAAAACACGUACUGUCGUUGUCAUCGCAGUGCUAUUAGUUAUUGUGGCUUUGGUAGCUAUUCUUAUUUGGUUCUGUUUGCGAGAGAGAAAACCAAAACACAGUUUUGAAGCUAACAAUGAAGAAUAUGAAGAGGAAGAAGAAAGUGAAAUAAUGGUUGUUGAGUCAUUGCAAUUUAGCUUUGAUACUAUCCGAGUUGCUACAAAUCACUUUUCAAAUUCCAAUAAAAUUGGACAUGGAGGAUUCGGAGAUGUUUAUCAGGGUAAACUUUUGGAUGGACAAAUGAUUGCGGUCAAAAGGUUAUCAAUAGAUUCAGCUCAAGGAGACAAGGAAUUUAAAAACGAAGUAACAUUAGUAGCCAAACUUCAACAUCGGAAUUUAGUUAGACUACUUGGUUUCAGUCUUGAAGGAAGAGAAAGACUACUUAUUUACGAGUUUGUUCUGAAUAAAAGUCUAGAUUACUUUAUAUUCCAUCCAACAAAGAAAGCACUAUUAAAUUGGGGCAAGCGCUGCGAAAUCAUAAGGGGUAUUGCACGAGGUCUUCUUUAUCUUCACGAGGAUUCUCGCUUGCGUAUUAUACAUCGUGAUCUCAAAGCAAGUAAUGUUCUCUUAGACAAUGAGAUGAAUCCUAAAAUAGCUGAUUUUGGAAUGGCAAAGUUGUUUGUUAUCGAUCAAACUCAAGGCAAUACUAAUAGAAUUGUUGGAACCUAUGGAUAUAUGGCACCUGAAUAUGCAAUGCACGGACAAUUUUCUGUAAAAUCAGAUGUAUUUAGUUUUGGAAUAUUGGUUCUUGAAAUUAUAAGUGGUCAUAAAAACAGUACAGCUAUUUAUCUUGGAGACAAUAGAGACGAUGUCGACUACCUAUUGAGCUAUGCAUGGAGAAGCUGGAAAGAGGGUAGAGCAACAAAUAUUAUAGAUCCAUCAUUAAACAACAUUUCACAAAAUGAAAUAAUGAGAUAUCUUCAUAUUGGUUUACUGUGUCUUCAAGAAGAUGUAGAAGACAGACCAACGAUGGCAAGUGUUGCACUCAUGCUUAAUAGUCAUUCUCUCACUCUUUCAAUACCUUCGAAACCUGCAUAUUUUUAUGGAAGUGAAACUAGAAGCUUACAAAAUAUGCAAACACGGGAUGAAAAUCCUAAUAUAGCAACAUCACGUGAAUCAAUUAACGAGGCUUCAAUUACUGAUCCAUAUCCUCGUUAG